GAGAGGAAGGUGUGAAUUGGUGGGCCAGUUGCAUGGCCCUGAAAAUGCUACUUGUGUAGGCUUUUGUACCACGUCUUUUACCAAAUCCCAUUGUAGAUUACACUUCCAACCUACUCAGACCCAAACGGAAUAUGUCAGUCUGAAGGAUGGCUUUUUACCAUUAAUUCUGAAACCAAAUUGGAUUUAAACGUUGCACGUUUUUCUUCGCCACUUGCAGAUUUUGCUUUAACCAAUCCGUGAGAUAGCAUUACAGGUUUGCAUGCAGAUUCUGAGAGUGGUCUGACAGUUUUUUUUGGCUCACAUGCAUCAACCGCCCACUUGUAGGGUUUUAUGAGUGAUGGUUAUCUCUCGCUCUGACAGUGGGUCUCGCUCUCAUUGUGUUGCACUGGGUCUUAGUGCACAUCUCAGGAUGUGCAGUUGUCAUCUUUAACGUGGCCAGAGACGGUUUGCACAUGGCUACAGGUAAAAUUUCGUAUCCUUCGGUGUUUGUGGUGGACAGCCCCACGAGACCCCCUCCGCUGCCGCCCAAACCUGGCUAUAGACAGCGGCAGAAGCGGACCCAGACGCUGCUGGGGAUCCUGGUCAUUCUGGCUCUGUGUGGAUUGACCGUUGAGGCUUGCUUCAUCUACCGGCUGUACUCAACCAAAGAACAGCCUACCACUCCACAUGAACCUCAGACUGCCAUGAGUAAACAAGAGAAAGAAGAUGCACUCAGCAAACACAAACAUCUUGGAGAAAUGAAGCCGUCAAAACCAAUGGCACAACUGACAACUGGUAAUUCAACUUUUAAUGGAGUCGUGCUGUGGAAUAAGCAUCAUGAAUCCAUCCUCCACCAAGUCAAAUUCAAUCCAGCAGAGGGAAAACUCGUCAUGGAGAAAGAGGGAUAUUAUUCCGUCUACUCUAAGAUCCACUUCCGUGAGGAUAAAUUCACAUGCACCCACUCUGUACUGCGGACUACAGAUCGAUAUGGGGGUGAGAUUCUGCUUCUCCAGUCCUCUAGGAUUCAUCCUAGACUCCAGAAGCCGGGACUCAUAGACAACAGCUUCCUCAGCGGCAUGUUUCAUCUCUACAAAGGAGAUGCUGUCUUUGUCAGGGUGAAAAAUUGUACACUUGUGUUGUCCAAUGCUGCUGAGAUCUACUUUGGUGUGUUCAUGGUUUAGAUUAAAUCUGGUUUAAAUCUGUUACCAAACAAUCUCAGGGGGGAAAAAAGAGCUUUCACUGGGGUAGUUCCAUUUGAAAAGGUAUGGGUAAAGGGAAGUGCAUUAGGUGUUACUUUAUGAAAAGGUACCGUCCCAGUGACAGCUUUUGAACUGGUGUUUCUGUAAAAGUUGUAGAAGUUGAAUGAGUGCACCACUAGAUUUGGAUGGAAAAUAUUUAUUUUUAUAUUUAUUUUUCAAGUAAGUAAUUGUUCCACCUGAAAAAAAGCUAGAAACGCCAAAUUAAUAAACUAUGAAAGGACAUGUGAGG